AUGACACACACUGAUCAUGACAACCUUAUGGAAAACGGGCAUUACCAGCAACAACACCAGCUUCAACAACAAAACCCAUUACAACAGCCGCAAGCACCGGUCACUUUUGAAGAUAGUUUGUUGAAUAUAUUGUAUGACAACGUGUUCUUUUCGUCGCGCGAAGAGUCGGCAUAUUCACCGCAGUACUCACUAGCGUCUUUUGAUACCCAGGAAAGUCUCUUCGGUCAUAGUCAUGCCAACUACAUUCAGAUAAAUGGAGACAACUUGUAUGAAAAAACGGGAAAACUUUUGUCGAAUGCACUAUCCAGUAGGGCUGAUGCUGAAAAUAAUUGGAAAUAUUCUUCAGCAUUCUCGGAUGAUACUCGACACAUGGGGUUUGUUCGUGCCCUACUGACGCAUAAUAUAAAAGGUGAUUUCCGUUUACAUCCGUAUGGUGAUGAUAUUGAUAGCUCAGACACUAGCAGCCACGAUGCAGAUAUAUUUCCUUCAGCAGAUACAGUAGAGCAGGAUGCAGCAUCCCAAUUACCAGACUUUUCAGACGAACAUGACGAUACUGAUGAUGUAAUAUCUCGUGAGCGAGAUAUUACUAACAAUGCAGUAGGUAAAGAUAAAACUGACAAUAAUGUCAUUAAAGAGAAUGAGAGAAAGAGUCGUUAUGGUCGUCGGCGUCGAUCUCGCGUUAAACGACUUCAAAAUGCAAGAAACCCGCAAAGCAAGGAGCCAAAAUGA